CAAAAUAACUUACUGUGUUUCACAAAUAUGGGGGUAUCCACAGGGUUAGUUGUAAUCCUUGCAGCGCUCGUAGUUAGCGUUUGUUCUGACCAAGACAACACCCCCGAUCCUUCAAAAGCCAGGCUUGCAGUUUAUUGUUCUAAGGCGUUUAUUUGGGCAGGAAGUAUUAACAAAAGCCAACCAAUUAUCAAGGAAAUUAUUAGCACUUAUUAUAAUGUCAAUAAUAAAAAAGCAAUAGCAGGUUAUAAAAAGAUAUUGGAUAAACAUAAAAACGAUAUAGGAGAUUCCGGCAAUAAUAUGUAUCAAUGUAUGAAUGAUUUGGCCUUAGCCUAUAGAUUUGAAGUGCAGGAUUUUGGAGAGUGUAGGAAAAUCUUUAACCCUGAAGACAUAAUGAAACUCUUAAUUCCAAUAGUAUUGAAAGAUCUAAAGGUAGCGCGUCAAAUCAAGAAAGAUGUCAAAAAUGCUAUAACGUCAAAGUAUAAAUGUGAAGAUCCUGAGAAUAAACAUAAAACCGAAUGCCUAUUACCACAAAAAUAUGAUGAAUGUGCAAAAACAAAUUUAGCUUUUUCUGAUUAUUAAUAAUAAUCUGGUAGUUAUCCUAAUUAAAUAACUCCAAUCCAAUGUAGAUAA